AUGCCUACUAGAUUCACUAAAACCAGAAAACAUAGAGGUAACGUCUCAGCCGGUAAAGGUCGUAUCGGUAAACAUAGAAAGCAUCCGGGUGGUAGAGGUAAAGCUGGUGGUCAACAUCAUCACAGAACCAAUUUAGAUAAAUACCAUCCAGGUUACUUUGGUAAAGUUGGUCAAAGAUAUUUCCACAAACAACAAUUACAUUUCUGGAAACCAGUUUUAAACUUGGAUAAAUUAUGGACUUUAGUUCCAGAAGAUAAAAAAGAUCAAUAUUUAUCAUCAGCUUCAGCUUCAGCUGCUCCAGUUAUUGAUACUUUAGCUCAUGGUUACGGUAAAGUUUUAGGUAAAGGUAGAUUACCAGAAGUUCCAGUUAUUGUUAAAGCUAGAUUUGUUUCAAAAUUAGCUGAAGAAAAAAUUAGAGCUGUUGGUGGUGUUGUUGAAUUAGUUGCUUAA